AUGGCUCCCUCCAUCGAAACGGAACACAUCGUGACCUCCAAGCCUGGCGUUAUCCACAUGCCGCUGCCGAAUCCUUCGCUACAGGUUACGGCCGAUCACCGUUUGAAGCAAGUCGAUGCUCCUGUCUAUGCUCCAAAUCCAGGAGAGGUUCUGCUCCAAAUCAAAGCCACGGGUAUCUGCGGGUCCGAUAUCCAUUUCUGGAAGGCCGGUCGGAUUCAUACACUGGUUUUUGAAGAUGACUGUAUUAUCGGCCACGAAGCAGCAGGUGUUGUGCUGCAGUGUGGCGAAGGUGUAACGAACCUUCAGCCGGGAGACCGAGUCGCUGUUGAACCCGGUGUCCCGUGCGAGCAAUGCUUCCUCUGUGACGACGGCCGCUACAAUCUCUGCGAGGAUGUGCAGUUUGCGGGUGUCUAUCCGUAUAGUGGCACCAUUCAGCGAUACAAAGUCCAUCCCGCCAAAUGGCUGCACAAGUAA